CUCCUGCCUCAACAUCCACCACCAGCCGCACUGCCGGAACAUCGGCACUCUCAAAUCAGUACGGAUGCAUUAAGACAAACUGCACUUUCACCCUUUUCUUUUCUUUUUUUUUUUCAUUCUUUUCAGGUGGGAGGUUGAGAUCUGCUCUUCAAAUAUCCGGGCUUCCAACAAGAGUGGACCUGAGUUUCCACUUUAGAUUUCGGUGCUAGACUUGAAUCAUGGGGAUCAAGGCGGCCCUGCCUAGAACAGAGCUCUACCUCUACACUGCUGUCCUCUCUCUGGCUCUCCUGUGGGCAGGAAGCUGGAUCAUAGAGGCAUCCAGUGAGAAUGUUAGCAGAAAGACUUUUAAGUCGAGUGUGAAACCAGGAUGGCACUACUUUGGAAGAAAAAUGGACGUAGCCGACUUCGAGUGGGCGAUGUGGUUCACCACUUUCCGCAACCACAUCUUGUUCGCCCUCUCUGGUCAUGUGAUCUUCGCCAAAAUCUGCUCCAUGAUUUCUCCCAAGAACAGGUCUCUGAUCUACAUGCUGUACGGCUUCCUGACCGUGUUCAUCAUCAUGGGCUGGACGUACGUCUCUCUCAUCCUGUCUCACUGCAUCCUCCUCUACAGUGUAGCCCUCGUUAAGAGGAAGUGGCUCUGCUUCCUGGCCGGACUCACCAGCCUGGCCACCUUCAAGAUGGAGCCCUUCAACUCUUGGCAGGCUGGAUUCGUCACCGGUACCUUCAACCUUCAGGAUAUCCUGUUCUACGGCGGUUGCGGGUUCUCCGUCAUGCGUUGCAUGAGUUUCGCGUUGGAGAACUGCGAGAAGAAGGACGGCCACUACAGCUUCAUGGAUUUAAUCAAGUAUAAUUUCUACCUCCCGUUCUUCUUCUUCGGACCCAUCAUGACGUUUGAUCGAUUUCAUGUGCAGGCCAACAACCCUAGCCUGAUUCGUAAAGAUCGAGAGAUGUGGAACAUCAUCAUCCAGGCUUUGGUGCACCUUGGAGCCAUUUUGGUGGUGGACGUGUUCUUCCAUUACCUGUAUAUUUUGACUAUCCCGACUGACAUGAAGCUGGUGAAAGACUUGUCCGAUUGGUCAUUAGCUGGUUUGGCGUACUCGAACCUGGUGUACGACUGGGUGAAAUCAGCCGUCAUGUUUGGCGUCAUUAACACAGUGUCACGGCUAGACCACCUGGACCCUCCAAAUCCCCCUAAGUGUAUCACCAUGUUGUACGUCUUCGCCGAAACGCACUUUGACAGAGGCAUCAACGACUGGCUAUGCAAGUACGUCUAUGACUACAUUGGUGGAAAUCAUGAUGGAAUCUUCAAGGAGCUGGUCGCUACAAUCUGCACCUUCUGUGUCACCACUCUUUGGCUCGGACCUUGUGAAUUGGUGUAUAUUUGGUCUUUUUUCAACUGCUUCGGCCUGAACUUUGAGCUGUGGGUGGCUAAGUUAUUUUCCCUGCCUCCUUUUUCUACCAUUGAGGGUCUCAUGUCUGAGGCGAUGUCGCGGCGUAUCAGAGGGCUGUUCAAUGCCGUUAACUUUUGGCAAAUCGUCCUGUAUAACGUUCUUGCUCUGAACAGUCUGGAUUUUGCUAAACUGGUGGCCAAAAGACUGCUGUUCAAGGGCUUCCCCCUGUCCACUCUCUCCGUACUGUUAGUGACCUACUGCGGAAUACAGCUGGUGAAGGAGCGCGAGCGAAAACAUGCCCUGCUCGAGGAAGCCGAGGCGAGCAAACCCAAAACCGAUUAGAUGAGCAGGCAGCGACGUUUUGCUGCGCCCGAGCUUUUCAUACCAAACCCGCGCCGUUCCCGUCACCAUGGUCACUGCUUGAAUUAAGCCUGUUUAAUAAGCACAGGGCGUUUUUAACUGUGAAUAGGCCUCAAGUGCACUUGCUGUACCUUUCUCAGAGACUGCCACACAUGAACCAAGUGCAUUUUUGUAUUCAUUUUAUUUAAAUCUAUUACAGAUUGUCUGGAAAAUGGGCUUGCCAAAUAUUUUAUGUAGAUUAUAAUGAAUUGAACCAUUAAA